AUGGCUGCAAACAAUAAAGAAAAGGCUGAUAUUGGUCUUAUUGGUUUGGGUAUUAUGGGCCAAAACCUUAUUUUGAAUAUGAAUGAUCAUGGUUUUACAGUUGCUUGUGGCAAUCGAACUGUAUCAAAAGUUGAUCAUUUUUUACAGAAUGAAGGUAAAGGAACUAACAUUAUUGGUGCACAUUCUGUUGAAGAACUGGCUCAAUUACUUAAAAAACCUCGUCGAGUUAUGCUCUUAGUUCAAGUCGGUACAGCUGUUGAUGAUUUCAUUCAAACAUUGAUUCCACUACUCGAACAAGGUGAUAUUAUUAUUGAUGGUGGAAAUUCACUAUAUAAAGAUUCAAUGCGACGAGCUGAAGAAUUGGAAAAGAAAGGUUUUCUUUAUAUUGGUACUGGUGUAUCAGGUGGUGAAGAUGGAGCUCGUUAUGGUCCAUCAGUAAUGCUGGUGGUAGCGAAAAAGCAUGGGAACAUGUUAAACCAAUAUUUCAAAAAAUAGCUGCUAAAGCUGAU